CCUCUUCCAAUGGCAGAGCUUCAGCAUCUUCUCAACUUUCCUUCUGCGCUCUCAACCACCCUCCAAUUUUUUUUUUCUUCUCGCAUCAUUAUUGUUAUUAUUUUCUUCUACGCUGUUGCCCCUGACCUGUAACCUUGGAUUAAACAACAUGCAUGACAUUCGGAUUAGGUGCACCUAACACAAGUGAUUUUAUUUCGGAGCAGAAGACAUGAAAAAUAUGCCUUACUUUCCCCGAACUUCGAACUUUGGAUCUUCUCAUUGCUAGCCAGCUAUACUUUCCAGUUACACCCAAGGAGGGAGAAAAGUUCCAAGAGAUAAGAUUGAGAAAGGAGGACGAGAGCUACAACUUAAUGACAUGGAAAACUCGAGCGAACAAUUCUCGAAGCAAAUAAGUAGCAACAGUCACCAGAAUUCAGUGUCUCGGACUCAUUCUCAGGAUCCUUUGGAUUCAUCCUCGGCGAGUUCUCUUUCUGCGUUCGCUGACCACAGUGAUCAAAAUAUGCAUUCCGGAGGACAUGAUUCUUUGUCUCAUGCACAGAAAUCUGAAGAAACUUCCCCAAGGGCUUCGAUGGACGAGGCUCUGAAGUCUGAGAAGGCUUUCAUCGAGUUUGUCAUGUCUCUUCCUGCCAAAGAACCUUCGGAACAUCACAGAUCGGCUGACUCCGUGUCUAUUAAGAGUAAAACUCAAGUACCUGGCCCCAGUAAAGUAGGACUGGAUCAUCUGGACAAUCUCUGCAAACUCAUGGAACAGCUGAGCGAGCUUCGAGAUACCAACAACAAACUUCAGAAGAGGGUACAGUACCUAGAAGAUCUGAAGACUUUGCACGACAUGCAUAAAGAGAUCAACGAAGAUGCUCAGUAUAGCUCAGAGGAUGCUCUAAGCAACAAGCGCCGUCCUUACGAACUGACGAAAAGUGCUACUGAGACUUUCUGCCCAAAGAAGGAAGAAUCUCACGUAACAAUCACCUCUAGGAGUUCUUCUAAGUACCUCAGUCGCAGAAGUCGACACCAGAGUACUGGAGGCCAGCGGAGAGAGAGAAGCAAAAGUGUUGGACAUGAAGAUGCGUGCGAGGAUACUAAAUCUAAAAGAAUAUUCCCGAAAUGGUCCAAAGUCAAAGAGGCAUUCGGAUGGGAAAGUGAACGAAAGGAAUCUGUGAAGAUAAAAAAUGAUUGCGAUUCUGGCAAUUUCAGACGCUGUUCUGACGAAACUCGCGGGUCCAUACGUCAUCCGGGAAGUCCCACUUGGUAUCAAGAUGACAUUUCCUUUCAUUCCUCGGAUGAAGACGUUAAUGAAGAUCUCGAACCAGACCAAUUGAAAAGAGCGUCAGUUGCAUCUGAAAAGUACGUAGCACACUUGGAAACUCCCGUUGAUCAACUCAGACGACAAAAGUCAACUCCAAGUCCUGGAAGCGACAAACUUACUUCUUAUCGAGAAGCACUUGAAUUAAAACCCAAGUCAUCCACAAUUGAACGUGAUUCUUAUACGAACCAAGACUAUGCAAAAUUUGACAAGGAUGACAGCAAACGUGGAAAGAGUCCUUGGGGAAGAGUCAAGACCAUUAUUGAAAGACGUAGAGACAGUCUAAAAAGGCGAUCGCUUCGUAGAGAUCAUUUGUGCACGGACUGUGAUUCCUUGGCCAAAGGCACCGUCGAUCCACUGGACUUGAAACCGUGCGAAGAAUGCUCGGAAUGUGCAUCUAGACAACAAGUGGAACACCAGAAAAGGAAGAGUAGUAAACCUGCACCCAUAAGUAUAGACCAGGAGGGAGAUAGUGGUGGACCACGCACACCCAGUUCUUCACCCACCUUUCAUAGGAAAUCACGAUGGACAAAAGUUAAGAAAGUAUUAAAAGGUAAGAAAGAGGAAGAAAAGGAUCCUACAUCUGUAUCCACUCCGACUAGUCCUAAUUGUACCCAGGAUGGAAAUUUCCCAUUUGACGUCAUUGAAGAAAUGUCUCAAGGAUCCUAUGAAGAUUCUCGAGAAAUCCCUCGAGUGGGGAGUGAUAGCCAUGUGCAUCAAAUGGCGCUAACCGCACCUACUUCUGAACUCAUGCUUCAGCUUCAACGCAAUUUAAGUGAAGACUUUCAUCGUAAAAUAGAGGAAUGGGAUCGCAUACGAUCCGCUGGCCAUACGUCAUGCUCACCUCAUUGGGACAGAAAAGCCCCAGAAACUGCUAGAGCUCGCAAAAAAUCCGAUCGUUAUGAAAAAACCAUGAAACCUAAACUCAAGGAUUUAAGUUGGUUAGAAAAAGAAUUGCAGAAAAUUGAAAAGGAAAAGCAAAGAUUGUCUAAAGAAAGGCAAAAAUAUGAAGAAAGAGCUCUUCGUCUGGAGAAAUUGAAAGAAACUGUACUUAGUGCAAGCAGCUCGAAUAAACGAGAAGUUUUAGUCAAGACGGCUGCUGGUGAAUUUCGGUUUGAAGGCAUCUCUGACGCUUUCACGAAGAAACUAUACGAAUGGGAGACUAAACGAGGGGUUAGACCUGAAUUAUCCACUAUUGCGCUUUUGGACUCCAGUCGUUUAAGCGUUCAGCCUAGCCUGAUUCCCAAAGCUGGUGCUUUGCAAAGAGUAGUAUCUAGGUCCGAGUCUAGUAUCGCAGACAUUGGACAGCCAUCGCACAAUUCUUCGAACUCACUACCGUCCUUGAAAUUACCAGAUACGUUAGAUACGGAAAGACAGAAUCAUCCAUCUCGAGCAAACUCCGAGCCAGACUUGUCGACAUUGGUUGCAUUGACAAAUGGUACAAAUAUCUCAGUUUCCAGCUUGAGCAGGAAUGUAGGCGAUUCCUUGGAGGAUGAGCUUGCAGAACCAGGAGUAAAUAAAGAGAGCGAAGAAGACGAUCUAGAUAAAAGAAGGAAGGAUUCGGAGACCUAUUACGGUCUUCUAGAAGAAAAUGUCAUUCUUUUAGAACAACUUAAGGAUAAAGAAGAAAUCUGCAGGAGACUAGAAAAGGAAUUGGAAAUGCUUGAUGCAAAAGUCGAUGUGAUGAAUCAACAUCAUAUGCAAGAAACAGAGCGUUACCGAGAAAAGUUGUGGGAAAUGCACAAACCAGGAGCAACACCGAGAGACGUUCAAUGCUGCUUACACACCAUGGCCCAGCUUCGCAAGAGAAUCGACGUUCUGGAAAGAUAUACCGAGAAACUGAGAAACGACAGAGAAUCUGUAGAAGACAGUUUCCGAUACCAUUCAAAACAGCAGGAAAAUAUGACUUUAGAUUUGUUGGAAAAAAUGCGAGAACUUCAAGCGGCAGGUUCAAACACAGAAGACAAUGAAACAAAAGCUCCAGUUUCUUCACACGCAGAGGCCAUCGAAAGGUUGCAAGAUCUAUCAGCUCUGCUCGUUAAGCAGACACAAGACCUAGAAGAAAUGUUGUCUCAAAAGACCCGCCAAAUCUGUCAGUUGAGAUGGGAACUUUUGCAUCGAGAUUUAUCCACCGUCAAGUUAGAAACAGAAUUGCACACACAUACUGCGCACAGGAAAAGGUCAAAAUACGCCCAUUUCAGAUCUCAUUCGUCAGAAGAAGCUUCUGCAUACUUGCCCACACAAGGCGAAGAUCUGAGCAAUAGAAUGACAGCUACAGAAGCAUUCUACGAAGCUUUGCCUCUCACAGAAUUUAAAGCCACACAACUCUCAAACACAGUUCAACAGCUAAGCAGAGAAGUGCUAAAACUAACAUCAGCAGCAGACUAUUCUAAAGGAAGCUGUAAGGAUUCACAGAUGGCGAUAGCAUCAACAAAUGCCGAGAAUUCAAGAAUGAAACGUAAAUCUCAAGCUGCAACAAUGGAUCAAAGAAAACAAAUCACCGUAAGAAGGAAUUCUGCCGAAAAUAUUAGCAUCAUUUCUGCGAAUGAGGAUUCGUGGAAAGAGAAUAGCUCAUCAUCUGCAGAAUCUGAGGUUUCAUCUGAUGACGAUUAUACUAGAGUUGCCUGGCGUCCUGUACCCAUGUCUCCUGCAAAUGCGGAUGCAGAACGGCUCUUAAUGUCAUAUGGCGAGCAUCCCCCUAGAGGGUAUACGCAAAGGAGAAAGAAACUCCAGAAAGUUGCAAUAAACUGCUCAAGUACAGGAAGGAGAAGAUCUAACACUUUCCAUAUACAGAGAAAUCUAGAACGUUCCUCAGACAAAAGGCCUCAAAAAUGUCAAUCUUUCAGAUUGCCACGGAUUUCUUAUCUUCAGGAAAUAGAAGGGAGAAGCAAUUUAUCAGAUUCUAAUCUCAAUUUCAAAAAUUUGUGUCGAGACAUUAGAAAUCAAGAACGAAUUAGAAAUCAACUGGCUAAAUGUCAAAGCAUACGCGGAGAAAGUUCAGAUAUUGCACAGGUAGCAUCAUUAGUAAAAGACAACAAUAAAUUGUUGAGAGAAGUAGCAUCUGAUUCAAAAAUACCUUUUCUUAUUCAAGUGCAACGUUGCCUUUCAGAACGAGCUGCACAGAAUAAAGAAUCACCCAAACUUCCAAACAGAUCAAUGAGUGACAAGCACAGAAAAGAAACAGUAACAGAAAGAAGGGAGCAAUUUCAAAAAAAGCGAUCGAAAAAACGUCUUAAACCACCAGAAUCACUAUCCUCUACGGAUCAUUCGGAUAACAUGUUCCAGCAAUCCAUAGCUUCAGAAAAUUAUACUUCACAAGGAAUAGCAUUGGUAAAUGGUAAAAAAAGUACCAAACAAAAAGAAUUAAUUCCCGUAUAUGAAGAGGACAGAAAUAUUACAACUAAACCAAAUAAGCUCAUAGAUCAAUCUCAUUCCACAAAUCAGUCCAUAAAUAACGAUGCUACAACAGUAACAAUUCAACUUCCAAAACGAAAACUGAGAAAUGCAGUGAAGUGUUUUAGAGAUACAAAGGAAACCGAAGAGCAAAUAGUUACUAUAGUUAUGCCUAAGAAACGUAGCCUAAGUUCAGAACAAGAUUCAAGUGUUUCGGAAAGUUCAUCAAAAGAAUCUUCAAGAAUAAUUACAGAAGGUAAAUCUGAUGUUUCGUGUGAAGUUUUUCUCCAAAAAACAACAGAUAAGCAUUCAUUAACAAACUCUAAUAAUAAAAACAACUGUAUAAAAAUGCGUGAAGCACAAAAGGACCUGAAAUUUUAUGAUCCACAGUCAUUUAAUAAAGAUAAUUUUCCUAAGCAUUCAAAUGUUAAAACCAUAACGCAUGAACUAGUUCAAACACAGUUGUUACCUCAGGACCGUCUAAAUGAGGAACCGGAGCGUUUUGUUAAGGCUGCAGAUGUGAAUGACACAAAUAAAAUUUUAAAUUGCGAAUUUAACAAAGUCCAGGCAGCUACAGAAUCAAAAGAUAUUGGUAAAUCUGAUAACCUUUAUGUUAAAUCCCCAUCAGCACCACAGUUAGAUUGGCGAAAGGUUGGUCCAAAAAACCUAUCCUGCGAAGGGGCUACAAAUGUCAAAGCAUUGAUUGAAAGAUAUAAUCAAAAGGUAAUUGAGAGCCAAUCUCCCACAAGUCCUUUGUCUAGUAAUGUAAGUUCCCCAAUAACUGAAAGAAAAGUUUCAACUAAUUUUCAUAGCACUAAAAGUAUUCCACCAGUUAUUACGCAUUCUUGCAGCACUCCAAAUACUCCAAGCAUUUUAUAUGCAUCAGCAUAUUAUAAUCCCGUUAUUUUCAAGCCAACUAAUUUGGACUUCUUUCCUGCCACACCACCAUCUAGUCCCAAUUCCAGUGCCAGAAGUGAAGCUGUCAGGAAAGCCAAAGAACAUUUCAUUUCAUCACCUGUGUCAACAAGUUUACCUGUAAGUUUCCGAACUGAUCAGUCAAAUUUCGGUCUAUCUUCAACACAAAAAUAUGGCGACACACAUUCACCAGAAACAGAUCUAUCGUUACAACACACACAACAUGAUGCCAGAUUUAAAACAAUCUCUACAACAAGACGAGAUGAAGAUACCUUGUCUAAUAGUUCCAUCGAUUCCAUGAGUCUUGUUGUCUUUCGGACAGGUGAGAACUGCCAAGAAUCUCGAUUGUCCAAGAGAACAUCAGAUUAUCAAAAGAGCGGGUCACAAACAAUAGAAGGAAAUAACUUGAAAACAUCAAAAUCCUUAUCAAACUCUUCACUCUUUAAAUCAGUGCUUAGUUCUGAUUUCAAAAUGCCUUCAUCUUUCCUCAAAUUAAGACGAAGUAAACGUAAAAAGGACAUGGCUACGGUCAGUCAACUGUGCAGACAGAGCUUAUUGCUCACAGAUGAAGGUAUUUCAGAGCUGCCUCAUCCAGCAUCACACAAAAGUUGUCCUUCGUCACCAGACCUCAAACCAAAAGGUUCUUCAAAAAGCAGUUGGUUUCAUAGAAACUUGUUUGGUCAUAAAUAAAACAAUAUAUUUAUUUUGUAGAAUACAAUUUUCUGUAUAUUGCCGUUACUGUAUUAAAUAAUCUUCAGUUAACAAGAAU